AUAAUCACAUCCGUGGUGAGUUUGAAGAGGAAAAUUGACAUUAGGAAUAUAUUUAUGGAAAUUUAGUUUCAUCUUUAUUGGUAUUUGCUAGGAUUAAAUUUUUUUGACGAGAAUCCGCAUUGUAAAAAUAAGGACAUGAUGCGGUUGGUUGUCUAUUUGGCAAUCGUGGCUCUUUGCUGGCAAUUUGAAUUGACUAGCUCACGCACGUCCACUUUAUGGAAAUUAAAUACAGAUAGUGGCAAAAUAACAGGACACAUUUCCGAUACUCGAGGCAAGGCUGAUAAUACAAUGCUCGAGGAGUUUAACAUACCAUUGUUUGACGCUAACGCCGAUGUCUACGCACAGGACGAAGUAUUUUAUAUCAUUGCUUCUACUUUGUCACUGGGUACAAGUACAGGGGUCACAACAGCUAUUACUGAUCCGGACCACAAGGAGGGAAAGAGUGCAUCCUAUGGAUGGGUCCGUGAAUCUCCGGAGAAUUCUAUAGAAUCAUUGACGACAUUAUCAAAACGUUGCAAUGAAAGUAAUGCUGAAAAGCAGGGAACUGUCGGUGCUGAUGUAGGAAAAAAGUCUGCAUCAAGUGGAAGUGGCGGAAUACCAACUGUAACUAAUGUUGAUACUGCUUUGGUAGCUGAUGAAUCUUUGGAUUGCAAACCGGUGAAUUUUACAUACUACGAUUACCUAAUUGGAGUGGGACAAAGAUUCAAUCAUCCCAAGAUACCAGAGCCAGAGGUGGCAUACCUUUUUCUGAAAAUUAAAGAUGAGAACUCUUUUAAAAAUUUCGAUAUAAGUGCUUUGGAAAGGCGCCUUAAGAGAACAAAGCGUGAGAAGCCCAGAUCCGUACAACUUUAUAAUCAAAUUGGAAACUACUGGCGUAUUGUGGGCGAUGCACGACAAGCUAUUGAAUGCUUUAGACGCGCUCUAGCAAUGUCUCCAACAAAUGCCGAAGUUCUCUUGAAUUUGGCGCGUGUACUUUACAAUCUACAAUACCUUGACGAUGCUAUACACUUGACACGAAGGUCUUUGGAAAUGCAACCACCUGGUCGGUCUGCUUGGCAGCAAUACUUCACACUUGGCGAAAUUUUCAAAGCUUACGGACAUUUCCAAGAAUCAAUUUUGCAUUUACGACAUGCGCUUGAACUUUAUCCUCAGCACGAGCCCAUACUGAAAGCCCUGCGAGAUGUGGAAAAUAAUCCCUCCUCAACAUUGCAUGUGUACACAGUUGUUAUAAUAGUUGCCUUGGUCGUUGCUGUUUUUAUUGUAAUCAUAACAUCGUCUAACAACAGUGAUAAAUACAAUGGUUUAAAUGGCGGUCACACUCAAAGUGAAUAUGAACCCAAAACUCAACGACAUUUCAACCGUGCCAUGGCUAUGCGCUCACUCAAGGGAUUUUCUUCUUCCUCAACUUUCACAGGUUCAUCAUCACGUAACCUUAGACAUAGAAAAAAUUGAACCUCCAAAAGCAGAUGAUGCAAAAGUGGAUAAUUUACCACAAGUACAUAGUAUCUACGUCCACGCCCAUGCUUAAACAAAAAAUUGCUUAAAUGGCACAAUUGCUUAUACACAUGUACACGUUAACACACAAAUUCACACGAAAAUACAAAUCAGGAAUACCGUUGGAUAAGAGGAAACGAUGGGCUUAACGAUAUAUCGGGGGAAUUGAUAGAUCGAUUUUACGAAAUGCCAAAAAUGCACGGAUCUCAUGAAGAUAAGCGACCCACUUACUUAGUUAAUAUGUUUUAUGUUGAUUUACGACCUAAACUACAUUCGGUUUAAGGAAAGUAUAUUUGAAAAUUAUCACAUUACUUUUAUUUUUAAAAAUUUACAAGUUUUAUGCAUAAUGCAGUAAGCCAAAUUAACUUGUCAUAAAAUUAAGAUAUUUUGUUCCUUCUGUUCAUACAAUAUUUAUUUAAAUACGAAUAUUAUGUAUGCACUCAGAUAUAUAUGUGAGCCAUUUGUACUUACAUUUAUGUCGUUAAUUUUAAGAUUUUUUUUUUCGUUUUUUGUGAGAAAUUCUUUAAAUUUCUGUGAUAACUCUGAAACAUUAAAUUCGUUAUUCUUACUUUG